UCCGCCAGUGCUACGCGGCCCGUUCGCAUCAAGAGCCGCCGCCGCUUCUCUCGCGCCGCGAGCACGUUUUUCGCGCGCCCUCUUCUCGUCUCUCUCUCUCUCUCUCUCUCUCUCACUCGCUGUGUGUAUUCUAGUCUGUACCACCGACACCCCCGCGCGGAUUAACAUGCCGGGGUGACGGCGACUUCGCGCCGACCUGUCGCUCCCUAACCUACGUGCACCUAUGCUAGAUUCCGCGCUGCUGCUCUUUUAUUCGCCGAGCACCUUGUCGCUGCAGACUUACGUACGAGCGAGAUGGAUCGCUCCGUCGCAGCGGGACUGAUCUGGAGUCGCGCGAGUUCGUGCGGUCGCGUUGCCGUGCAGUGAGUACAGUGGCACUGAGAAAAACAAACGCAAGAGAGUGAAACGAAAUCGAAACGGUAUCCGGCGCUUGUGUUUAUCGGAACCGAUGCUGCACGAGGAGAGGAGGGCAGCGGCAGCAGCGCACGCCGAGGAUGCCGGCGCGGCCUCGAGCCUAUUCCUCAGUUCCGAGAAGAGGAGGUGAACAGUUGUUGUUGCGUGCUGUGCAGUGACAGUGUGAUAUCUCGUCGGCCCCGCGCGCUGCAGGUGUGCUCUUUUAAAAACGCAAUCGAUAGCGGAAGCUGUGCUAGCUCCGUGUGCUUCGUUUCCCCGCAUAUAUAGGUAUAUAUUUAAGAUGUAAGCCAGUGGGGUGCACAGGUGCGCGAGGAGUGUGUUUCUUGUUGUGCUCGUUGUUGACCUCGAUGCAGUGCGCGGAGAAGAGCCGAGCUGUGUACUGAGCCCCGCUCUCACCGCUGUCGUCUUCUUGUUGUUCUUCGGUGCCGCCACCGCCGCCGGAAGUGUUGCAUGCUCUUGCACCGCUGAGGAUUGGACUCAUCGCUGUUGUUUGCUGCUUUGUGGCGGACAUUUUAUCACAUCGUCGAGGAGACUAUUAUGCGACACGAAAUAAUCAGCAGAUAGGAAAAAAAUGACUGCGCACGGCUCAGCGACCUGGCUGUCCAGCAUAGUCGCCUUCCUCAUUUUCAUCAAUGGAUUUAACCCAGGCUUGAACUCUUAAGAUUGAAACUUGACUUCAUAAAUCUUAUCGCGAAACAGAUAAAAAAAACAAGUAAGCUUCCUUAAUUAACUGGCAAUUUCAGAAUCAUUUAUUGUGAGUAAUUCUUGCUCUUGCUUCGAUCUCCUCCCUAAUAUCUGGAAGUACGAUAUAAUCAUUAAAAUGAGUGGCCCAGACCUACAGCAUGCUGCACAACAGCAGCGGCAAGGGCGGCGACACGUACUCGAACGCGCUGGACGAGACGUCGCGGACGGGUCCGUACUUCGACAAGUCCGCGUCGAAAAACGUGACGGCUCUGCUGGGCAAGACUACCUACCUUAAUUGCCGGGUGAAAAACUUGGGCAACAAAACGGUGUCGUGGGUGCGACACAGGGACAUCCACCUGCUGACGAUCGGCCGGUAUACGUACACGAACGACCAGCGCUUCCGGGCGAUACAUAACGCCCAGUCGGACGACUGGGUGCUGCAGAUCAAGUAUCCUCAGCACCGGGACACCGGCAUCUACGAGUGCCAAGUGUCCACCACUCCCCACAUGAGCCACUUCGUGCACCUCAACGUUGUCGAACCGGUGACGGAGAUCCUGGGCGGGCCGGAUCUCUACAUCGAUCGCGGCAGCACGAUCAACCUGACUUGCAUUGUGCUGCACAGUCCGGAGCCACCGGCAUACAUAUUCUGGAAUCAUAACGACGCUAUAAUCAGCUACGACUCGUCCAGGGGCGGCGUGUCGGUGGUAACGGAGAAAGGCGACAGUACCACGAGCUUCCUCCUGGUGCAGCAGGCCAAGCCAACGGACUCGGGCCGAUACACGUGCAAUCCGAGCAACGCUCAGCCCAAGUCCAUUACAGUACACGUACUGAACGGAGAGUAUCCCGCGGCAAUGCAGCACGGCGGUCAGGCACAUCAACCCAGGCUCUAUUCUCUGCUGCUCUGUCUCUGUCUGCUGCUCUAUUAAGGCUCCGCGCGACAUCCGCACGUAUAUACAUCACACAGACACAGGAGGAGAAAAGGAGAAAAGCUCGUCGCGGGACGGCGUACGACGCCCGCAGACGCAUCUUCUCUCGUCCGGAGGAGCGAUCGUAUUAUACAUAUAUAGGCGCACGAGACGCAGAGGAGAGCCUAUGAUGAUGAAGGACGGCGGCGCCGGCUAUAACGAGAGACUAACGCGAUCGAGGUGCUGCGAUCAAGUCGUCGUCUUCUUCUUUGUAUAUGAUUGUAUGUAACGAGUUUCGAGGGCUGUAGGCGAUUCGCGUCUAGUUCUGGUUACCGGUAUGCUGGUCGAUAGAGGUAUAUUAUACGUAAUGUUGAUUCGUUCGUUCGAACAACCAUUUUUUUCCUCCUUCUGACCUGUCUUAUCUGUCUUUGGAAUUAUGUUAUGUUCGAACUCGUUCUUUAAUUUUCAUACUUCCUAAUGGUUUAUUUUAAGUUAUACAUGCACCUCGGUAAUCAAGAUUAAACACACCGAAGAAUGAAUUUAUUUCUCUUGUUUUUAUCAAAAUCGCGAAUGACCUAUAAACAUGGCGCCAAAGAAUAAUCGCACGCAUCAUUCUCAACGUGGAAGAAUAAUUUCAUCCGUUAAGAUAUUAUACUGACAUUCGAGAAGUCUUUGGUUCCGUUGAAUACUAUGUAAAUGUAAUUAUACCAAAACUGCUGUAUACUGCAAGGAUGUGCAAGUGCUGUUUUAUUUUUUUACACACAAAUUCGAACGCUUUGAUUUGUGUCAACGAUCACCGUAUUCACGCUCUUCGCGCGUAGAAUGAAAUUGAGAAGUCGAAAUCGUGGUGUGAGCCAAUUUUUAUUUUUCCCAUCAGCGCGAGAUUGUGAACGGUAAUUUUCAUGACGAAUCAGCGAGAAUAUACACAAUGGGAGAUGUAUUCUUUGUAAUUUCGCGAAAGAUUAUAUCAGGAAUAUACGAUCAGUCUUUGUUUGAUUAUGAGAAAACGGAUAUGAUAUUAUAUAAGUACUAAAUGAAUUUUACUAUAUAAUAAUGGAUAAUAAGGCGACUUUGUUUACUCAGCGGAGCGCGUUAUACAAUGACUAAACGUGUAAUACAUUGAUUUUUCGAUACUAUAAUAGUGUACACUGCGUAAGUGAUUGUAAAAAUGUAUUGAUUUAACCCCGACUACAUGGAUUUUACAGUAACUCCGAAGCAAUAGUUACGUUUGGUUUUAUAACACUUCGAUUAUGAAAUUUUUUCUGAUUUUAGUAAUGAGAUUUAUUGUGCAUGCAAUCUUUUGUAUAUAUGAAUUAAUGUAUAAAUUAAUGCGACUAAUUUAAAAUGCUCUUGCAAGAUUCCUUCUUAUUUCGAGAUAUCAUUUUGUGAGACUAAACAUAAAACUGUCGUCGAUAAUCAGCGCUUCUUUAAUUCAUUUGUUAAGAAAGUUAUUUGUUAUACUUUACACGAUUUAAUAAACUGUAUCAAUUUAACAAUUUUAUCCUAAAACCAGUUGAAUUGAAUUUCACAAUUGGCGAAAACGACCUCCAACAGCAAAGACGGAAGGUAACAGCGGGAUCCGUCUCGAUUGUCAAUUUGACUAAAAGCAAGCUAACUCCACAAAGCAACGAAGGAUUUUCCCUGCGUGUGUAUUAGUUGAAAAUAAUCAAUGCGAAAAUCAUGCAAAAUCACGAAGAUGCUUACAAAACAUUUACUUUCUUUUUUAUUAGUUUGCUUAUACAGCGACUGUUUGCAGAUAUCGAAUAAACUUAUUAUCGCAGGAUUAAACAUGCGAUUUUUCUCUCCCGUGAAUACCUAGCCAAUCGAAUUGAUUUGUUUCACAUGGGUGCGAUUUUUCCAACACAGGGAAGUAGAUAUCUCAUCUGUGCGUUGAUAAUCAGAAAUAUCUAGACAUGAACUGCAUUACCGGUAUCCAUUAUAGGUAUACCGACAUUCCGAAUUCUGUUUACUGCCGAUCGAUCGUCUAAAAUCCUCCAGAAACAUGCCAAACGAGAGCAAAAACGCCGAGACAAAACGCGUCAGCCGAAUUCCUCCAUCAAUCUUCAGUUUCGUCGCUUGAAAUCCCGAGAGAUUACGAGCCGGCGAUGAAACUCCGAUACGCAGCCCUAAACGUCGAAAAAUUAAGAGACACCUAUCGCGCGAUGGCGAAAAGCUUUUACCUCCCGGUAUGUAGCGUAAAAGCUCGCGCGACUCAUCAUCGGGAUUACCGCGGCGUCGCGCACCCCGCGCGAAGCAAAAGGAAAAAGAAGGGGAAAAAAUUUCCUCCGACGAGCGCGUUCGCGUGGAGAAAACGCUGAGGGGCGAACGCCGGAUGAAUCGUAAUCGGCGUUCUUCGCGCGGCUAAAGACCACUUUUAUCGGGUCUAAGAAUUCGAUUUCUGACCAGACUUGUUUUAAUCCGGGACUCGAUCGCUCUCGAGAUGAAUUUUCAAGGAAUUGCCACCCUCCCUCUCUGAGCGAUGGCAAUUUCUUGGCUGAACGCCGGAGUUUAAGCGCCGCAACGUUUUCUCGCUGCUAUACUCCGCUGGUAUUUCUUAUUUUAUUGUCGGGGCUAAACGCGCUUGAUUUGUGUCGAUCGUCGAAAGAGCGUAAAGUCAAGCUUUAACUUCUUGAAAAAUGCAAGCCGCAGAGAUGCGCGUAAGUACAUACCGUGUCUGAAACGAAUAGCGCGACUGUGACCGGCAUUCAAUCGGUUGUAAAUUAUUCGGAAAAAGUUAUACGCACCCAGCGGAAUGAUGAAAAUAUCCGCGGCGAAUCGUAACUCUCGAGAUUUUCGAAAAAUAACAGAAAGAAUACUCGCUCGCCCUAUAUACCCGAGCCGAAACAAUUCGCACUGAUUUAAUGCCGGCGAUUACUUCAUGCAGCUGCACCGCUACGACCUCCGAGCUCGUAUUUUUUCAAAAGAGUCUCUCUCGCAAAUUCUAAUAAAUUUCCGUUUGGAAAUAACACGCUUUAAUGAAUUCCGGCUCUCGUCCUUGUUUUCGACUGCUGUUAAGCAGCGGACGCCCGAUAUUUCACCAGCCGCGUAUGCGUGCGUGCUCCCAUCGAAAUUUUUAAAAGCAUAAAAUUACUCCAACCCUCCUUCGCGCGAGAGCUGUGUUUUUGCUUAUUACCCUGCAGUUUUACGAGGGGUCGUUUUCGGUGGUGCAAUUGUCUAUUGAUGAAUAGUUAUAUAACACGUCCGUAAAAUUUUGAACUGUUUAUUGGCGAUUUUUUCGCGCGGUAAAGUUCAGUCGUGGCCAUACCAACCGAAAUAACAACAUACAUUUUUUAUUCAAGUAAAUUAAACUUUCGUACAUGAAUUUUGAAACAGUCGAGCAUUAUAAAAUCCGCACCCAUCCAAAAGAAAUAGAAGAGCGUUAAAUAACCAGUCGAAUAUGCGCACAAAGAAAUCCCAGCCCACGGGGAAAAUCUUUUAGAAACAAAAAAGAAAAAAGAAGAGGCAUUGAUCAAAGCCGAGCUUGCUAAUGGCACACACAGUACAGCGAACGGAUCGUUAAGUUCGAUACUCGGGGCCAGUCAAAAGGAGAGAGCCGGUCAUGUGCGCCCCCGGGGACGCGGAGAAUGAUAAAAGGAGCCUCAAAGAGAAAGAGAGAUGAGCUUGGUUAAUGCGUAACGAGUUUCGUUUCGCCGCGCGUGCAUACAUGCAAUAGGAAUCAGUUCCGCGAGAAAAAAACGACUAUACCGAAGCGCCUGGAUUCAGGCCUCGUAUAUAUCACAGAGGGCAUUUCAAAUUGCAUCACAAUAUUAUACAGUGAAUAAUUCGAAACUCGAAAAUGCUAAGCACAUACGAGAUUCAAACUAUACCCGGCUAUCUUCCGAGACUCGGACUGGCAAAAUUUACGAUCGCUUUUAUUCAGCGGCGAAUCAGCUCAUCCGCUAAAUCAGCCGAGUGUACAGUGCGCGCUUUUAUUUCGAGAUCGCCCGUUCGGACGAAAAGAAAGAAGAGGGGAAGAAAACACAAGACAAAUCGAGGAGCGCGAGUCGCACAUGCACUCGACGCGGGCUCGCACGCUAAUGUAAAUAUGUACUUAAAGAAUAAUGAAAAAAUACAUAAAUUUAAAAAAAGUUAUAUAGGAUGUAAGUCGCCGUGAGAAUGACGAUGACGUGAGAAGCGAGAGAAAGGAAGAGAGCGAGAGAGAGAGAGAGAGAGAGAGAGAGAGAAUAUUCAAUAUACGAGACUACUUUUUGUUGUAAGUUACGUUGUUUAUUAUGUAUGGACAAUAUCGAGUAACGCUGCUAAUAUAUUAUAUCGUAUAGUAUAAAGGGAGACGUCGUCACAUACACACACACACACACUAAAUAUAUAUAUAUAUAUAUAUAUAUAUAUAUAUAUGAUUCUUUUUUACGCAAACACGAAACAUGUUAUGCAUAUUUUGACCAAGCGUAUCUCGAUUUUAAACAAAAAAAUGUGUAAUGUGCACAUUCGCGAGUGAAUUCACGAGUAUAUCACCGAAAGAGAUUCGGUCCUCCGAUUAUCUUACGACGCUGGUGUUUAAUCGGCUGAUAUUGAAAAAAGUGGCGCGCUCGCACUAACGAAACGAAAAGGGAAAAGAGGAUCCUUGCGUGCAGUCGGUCGAAUUUUACGGGCGAGCCCUAUGUCGUGUAAAAAAAGAAGAGAGUGGGAGAAGUGAACGAGAUACAUAGACGCACGAGGCGCGCGCGAGUGAGUAGGUGUACAUGAGAGUCGCGACGGAAGGUCGCCGAGAGAAACGGCCGCAUAUAAUCGUUAAUGUAACAAAUAUCAGAAUAAAUAUUAAUGCGCGCGCGCAACCCGACCGUAUUAAGGAUAAUAACUGUAUUCGCAUUUAUUGUCAGAAACUACCCCUUCCCACCCGCCUUCCUCCCCCUUACAGCCUAGUCGGUGUGUGCAACAGAUUAAAGAAAAAUAAUACGAAAGAAUAAAAAAAGAACCUCUAAUAAGCAUAAAUCCUAUAUUAAUGCGUCGUCGAAGAAUCGGGGAAAGUAUAGCACUAUGCAUAGUAGCGACGAGAGCGAGAAAUUAUACGUGUUGGAUGAGAGAGUGUAAGAGUACUUACACAGUAUAACCGAUCAGUGCGAGACUUUGACGCGAAAAGUGCUCUGUAUAUUGUUUCACAAACUUCUGAUGCGUGAGUAAUCGCAUUCUUCUUAUACGCAUACAUAGGUUGAUCUCUGUAUCGUCUGUACAACGUUUGUUUUCACUGUUUUAUAUACACUCCUAUUAUCGUUUCUCCAUUUAUAUUACAUACGUGUACAGUUUUAUUUCUUCGGUGCAUAUACCUACGAUCGAUAACUAAUCGUUGAUUAUGCAAAGAUAAUUGUACACUUCAUUCGAAAGAUACAAGAAGAAGAAAAACGCAAAUGUAAAAUAUGAAACUAUAAUAUAAAUUAUGAAAUGUGCUUAAACGUAUUUGUAAGAUUCUAUCAACAUAGAAAAGGUUUAAAUAAAAGAUGGAUCUCA